AUGUCUAAUAGGUCUUUAGAUAGAUGGGUAUUUCACAAAAAUCCUAAAAUGUUGCUUGAUUGGCAACAUAGAAAGAAGAUUGUUCUUGACAUUGCAAGGGGACUAACUUAUUUACAUGAGGACUGCAAACAGAAGAUAGUUUACUUAGAUAUAAAACCACAUAUCCUCUUAGAUGAGAAUUUUAAUGCCAAAGUCUCUGAUUUUGAGUUGUCUAAACUAGUUGAUCAUGACAAGAGCCAAGCUGUGACAACCAUGAGAAGGACUCCUGGCUAUAUGGUUCCAGAAUGGUUGAGUUCAGUGAUUACAGAAAAAGUAGAUGUCUAUAGCUUCGGUGUUAUGCUCUUGGAGAUUUUGUGUGGGAGGAGAAAUUCAGAUCACUCUCAGCCAAAAGAAGUAAUGCAUCUACUUGAUCUUUUCAGAAAGAAUAUUGAGAAUGAUCAGUUGUUGGAUUUGGUUGAUAACUAUAGUGAAGAUAUGCAAUGA